GCAAAGCAGAGUCCUGCCUGGUCGCCGCCUUGCCCUUCGCCUUCCCGCACCGCCGGAGCACGACGCAACCCCACCACCACACCUCGAUCUCCUCCUACCCCCGCCGUCUUCCCGCACGGCGCGGGCUGUUGGUCCGUCCGUGUUUGCCGGUAAUACUCAUCCCCACACCUCCCUGCUGAUGGUGUUGUGGGUUCGGUUCGCUGGUUCGGGUUCUUAUUCAGCCUACAGGUGAUCGACCUACAAGGGGGGGUGUGUGGAAACCAUGUCCAAGGUCAAGAACCCCCACGUUUUCUUGGACAUAUCCAUUGGUGGAGGUAGACCUGACAGGAUCACAUUCGAGCUCUUUGCUAAUGUAGUUCCAAAGACGGCUGAGAACUUCCGAGCUCUUUGUACUGGUGAGAAAGGCAUUGGAGCAUCUACACAGAAGCCACUUCAUUUUAAGGGAAUGAUCUUCCAUCGCAUUGUUAAAGGGUUUAUGGCACAGGACAUGGUGGAGAAAGCAUAUAUGGCGGAAAUUUUCCAGAUGAAAACUUCAGGCUAUCCCAUGAUCAGCCUGGUGUCCUACCUAUGGCAGGUGGUGGACCAAACAGCAAUGGAUCCCAAUUUUUUAUAACAUUCAGGGAUGAACCUAGUCUUAAUCGGUAUUGCUCUUUCCUUCUGUCACUUGGCUUUAUCAGAUUCUGAGUUCCACACCACAACAAAAUUUAAUAUCCCUUGAGACAAUUUAUUGAGGACAUUGUGAAAAGUAAUGAUUUAGAGUAUGCAAUGAGCCCAAUGUUGAUCGUGUAUUAUAGUUGCCUCAACAGCGAUUCAUGUCAUUAGUUCCUAUGAUAUGUCUUCUUCGUCUUGCAUUCCUUACUGGUUUCCCCAUGGUCUCUCAACCUUAAAUGAGUUCAAUUUGUACUUUGUGGAAAACACGUGGUCUUUGGAAAGAUGGUCAGUGAAAACUCUGCAUCAUCGGCACCUUUGGUACAGAGCGAUGCCAGAUUUCCUCUCGAUGACAUCCAGAAACCCAUGCCGUGCUAGCUCCUGGUGAGGCUUGCUAUCCUUCCCGGUUGAGGCCGGUAGAGGGAUGGUGUUUCCGUGCCUGGCAGGGACAUUGGUGCGUGAUGCCCAGCUAGCCCAUGGUUUCGCAAAGGUCCGGAUCGACAUGGUCAGUAGCCCCUUCAUGGCUGUCCCGCUGGAGAAGCUCCCGAACAAUGAGAUCGUUACACUAGGGGAUGCCGUCCACACAUUUGUCCAGUGGCCCAAGAGAGACAUUGCCUUGGAAGUGCCGGCUCCCUAGCCACACACACACAAAAAAAAAAAAUCUUGUCUUGGAAUCCUGUGUCAGCAGGAACAUCAUCACCGUUCAAGUCAUAUGAUUGUGAUUCAGAAUAUCUUACUGAUAUACAUAUGCUGUGUCAAGAUGUAGUGUUCAGUUUGUGUGAUGCCUAAAUGUGAAUCAGUAGUGAUCUUCAUCAGAAGCAAACAAUUCAAGCAACCAGGGAUUCUGUCAUCUA